AUGGCGGCUUUCGAUGACAUGAAAUAUUAUUCUGCCAACUGGGGAAUGGAGGAGCCGAUGAGUUGGGGCAACAAGUCUGGAUGUGAUUUUAUUCAAAAGGGUUGCCUCACAGAGAUCGGCGUCUCCAAUUACCCUGAUGCAUUCUGUACUGGAGAACAAAGGCUACGGUGUUCAACUGGUCAUUUUGGACUUGCGUUUUGCUUCAAUGAGAGUGACCCCCAUUAUUACAAUAGGGACUCAAGAGGAUCUUGUCCCGUUCUUAUUCAACCACUUUAUGUUGAAAAUGGCUUUCAUUCAUUUGCCUGCACUGACCUUGGGAAUGCCAAUUUUCCUGGAUUCUUGACGGAUGGAAGCUCGAUGUGCUUGACAACAGAGGAUUAUGAGAUAGAGCGUGAAAAAGGGAUCGAAAAAAUGAACGGAGUGUGCGCACAGGUGUUGUGUGAUGAAAGCAAUCGUACAGUGAAGGUGAAGUACAGUACCAGCGCAGACCAGGCUACAGAUUGGGAAGAAUGUCCUGAAGGAGGUAAUAUAACAGUAAGCUCUUCUUCCGCGUCAUUGAAGUUCAAGACAAUCUACUGCCCCAAUUACACUGAAGUGUGCACCAUUGCCUCCAACGGCAGCAGUCUUCGUCCACUUGUUAAACCAUCUGAUCGUAAACCGACUCCAGCCACUCAAGUACCCGGGAACAGCAGUACUACGCCCGUUGUUGCUGUUGGUAAUUCUUCUUCUUCUUCAUCUUCUUCUUCGUCUGCAGAAGUGCAGGAAAGUGUGGUACAGGAACAGGUGAUGGGAGAGACGGUCACAGCACUCGUCUCUCAUAACCAGAGUGACAUUGCCCACCGGGUUGGUAUGGAUGGCAGCUCUGCAGCGCAUUCCCUCUUACACGCUCUGCUUGUGGCCGUCACUCUUGUGGUGGUGGUGUCUUUGUGA